AUGACAUUACCUACACGAGACGAAGUAGACAAGAAAGCCGUUGACAUAAAUAAUGCUAUCAAUUACAAAUUCAAAGAUGGUGACAUUGAGGAGAUUGUUGCUGAAAAACAGAAAUUUAGAAAAAACCCACACAAUUAUGCAAUGAGAAAAACGCUUUUAUUGAAACAGCGAGAUCAGGCUGAAGUUGAAGGUCAUAAAGAAAAAGCCAGAGAAUUGAAUCGGCAGCUAGAAGAACUUGAAGAACGUGCUGUAGAACUUGAUCGUCGUCGGACAAGCAAUAUAAAUUCUAUCAGCUACAUCAACCAGCGUAACAGAGAACGAAAUCUGAUUGAAGCUGAAAAAGCUGCAAUUGUUGAAGGUGAGGCAGCUCGGAAAGCUGCUGCUGACCCUUUUACACGACGAGCUUGCCGCCCAAGUCUUGUAACCAAAGUAAGAGACCCUGAAGUAAAUGAUUUGCUGAAGGCAAAAUUGGCUGAAGAACAAAAAAAGCUAGAGGCUAAACUGAAGAAAGUUGAAGGCGAAGCUAAUGGAGAUGCUGCAGCUGCAGGAGGACAACCAGCACCUCAAAGUCAGAGUCAGAGUCAAAGCCAAAAUCAAAAUGAAAAGACGGAUGCUAAAGUGUCUAAUGAACGACGUAAUUCUGAAGACUUGUAUGCUGUACAUGACUUCGAUAUCAAAAUAGAUCUGGAAGUACCGAUGUCAGGGUCAUCUAUGGUGCCCUACAAUCGAGCUGCCCAGCCUGUAAAGGAAGUGACACCCAGGAGAUCAUUAAAUCUUGAAGAUUAUAAAAAGAGACGAGGCUUAAUAUAA